GUCCCGCCCCUCCGCCGCUGUCCCCGGAAACGCUUCCUUCCCACGCAGCCGCCGCAGCAGCUCGGGUCGCUGGAGUUUUGCCUCUCUAGGCUGGUAGGGCCUCUCCUCCAUGGUCCUGUCUGUCAGGACUGUUUCGGGGGUCGGCCGGUGAGGCAGGCUGGGCCGCGCUCGGACCUUUGGAUCCUCGAGUCGGUCACCGGUGCCGGGGCGUCCUGGAGCCCAUGGCGAGGCCGCUCUGACUCAGACCCCCGGCGGAGGCCGACCCCUGCGGGCAGGCAUGGCAGGCCAGUUCCGCAGCUACGUGUGGGACCCGGUGCUGAUCCUGUCGCAGAUCGUCCUCAUGCAGAACGUCUAUUACGGCUCCCUGGGCCUGUGGCUGGCGCUGGUGGACUGGCUGUUGCGCGGCAGCCCCUCGCUGGACCAGAUGUUCGACGCCGAGAUCCUGGGUUUUUCCACCCCUUCAGGCCGGCUCUCCAUGAUGUCCUUCAUCCUCAACGCCCUCACCUGUGCCCUGGGCUUGCUGUACUUCAUCCGGCGAGGGAAGCAGUGUCUGGAUUUCACUGUCACUGUCCAUUUCUUUCACCUCCUGGGCUGCUGGUUCUACAGCUCCCGUUUCCCCUCGGCGCUGACCUGGUGGCUGGUCCAAGCCGUGUGCAUUGCGCUCAUGGCUGUCAUCGGGGAGUACCUGUGCAUGCGGACGGAGCUCAAGGAGAUCCCCCUCAACUCAGCCCCUAAAUCCAAUGUCUAGAAAUGGGUCCUUUGGACACCCUGCUGGGCAGUUGGCCCCCCAACACAUUGGGCUGCUCAGACCCUCCAGAUGAGGUCCAGCCCAGGUCGAGAGGAACCCUGGAAAUGUGAAGUCUGUUGGUGUGGGAGAGAUAGUGAGGCCCUGUCAAGAAGGCAGGUAGCAGCCAGGAUCACAGCUGCAAGAUUGGCCUCCGUCUGCUGAAGCCUUGGUAUCUGGGAGGUCAGCAAAGGGAUCUGAACUUGGGAUCUGGGAGGUCAGCAAGGGGACCUCUUUCAGGGUAAUAACAGAAUUGGAACCAUGUCACUCUUGAGCCAUCAAACCUGUCACCAGCCUGUUAUUUAAAAAAAAAAAUCAAGGAUAUCUGAUUGGAGCAUACCACUCUUCUAGUCAUCUGUCUUGUCUCCUUGGGACAGUGUUAUCUUUGUCACGUUGUUGCAGCUGUUUUGUUUGGAGAAACACUUGAUGUCUGGAUUCAUAACCCCAGAAAAAGAUGUAGGUUCAAAGUAUUAGGCUGCUAUCAGGGAGAGGACAGCAGAUGGAGGCAAUCAAGCACAAGGAAAAUGCACAACCUGUGUUCUGCUGUGCACGUGUGUGUGCACCCAUGAAUCCAUGACUAACUUUCCGUUUUCUCUACUGGGUACCCCCCUGCUGCCAGCUUUCAACAUAGCAGGCCUUAGGACCUAGAGAAGAGUCCCAGCAUCGCUCUCAACCUAACCCUCCUGACGUAUUUGGAAUUCUUCAGUGAGAGGGGUAUGAUGGGUGCCCAGAGAUAGGAAGCCCAACCUUCCAGCUUGACCUGUACUGACAGGGCUGAGGGAGAUAGGAAUUUGCUGUUAAGAUUUUUCUUGGGAGUGGAGUGUCCUCUGUGAGGGGCUGCAGCUGUCCCUCCUAUGUACGUAAUACAGCUUUUCCCCACGGUUCUGCCUGUACUUACUUGGUAAUGCCAUGGUUGGGACUGUGAGAGGAGCAGCAUAGCUGGGCAAGGGAGCUGUAUGGAAAGAAUGAUCAGUUCACCUUCUCCUUUGCUGGACCCAGAUUGUUCCUCCAUUUGGUUAAAAUACUAAGUGCAGGGAACUCCUAUGUCCCACCCCCUCCACCUGCAGGCUCCUCUGCUACACCUUGGGUGAACUGCCAUGACUCCCAGGACUCCUUUCUCAUUUGCUGGUGAUUUCUGAACAUGUCCAGUGGAACACACUGGUCUAGACCCACUUCUGCAUUGAAACCAUUGGUGUUCCUCUUUGGAUCCUCUGAAGUCUGCCCAAGAGAGCCGUCAGUUUUCAGAUUUUAGUGUUAGGGCUACACAGGUGAGUUUUGCCCCCAGAGGAGGGCAUUGAGGCAGACAAGAUGAAGGUUUAAGAGAGAAUGUGCCUGGGCAGAGGCUGGGAAAGUGCAAGAGUGAGCACCUCCCUAACUCAGGGUGCUCUGGCUAAGCUGGAAGGAGGCAACCUGGUAAUAGUAUUCAAAUCCUGGCUACAAGGUCCAGGAGGCAAGGCCAGCUGAGAUGACUUCCCUAGGUUGGUGGGUUUCCUUCCAGACACCACAGACUCUAAAGGCAAGUGACUAACGUUAGGAAAGGCAUCGCACAUUCAUGUGGCUGCCAUCUCCUCUGGUCACCUGUGGUGGUCUCUUCAGCUGUGAUGGCACACUUCUGGGGGGUUUCCUUCGAGAGCUUGUGCCGUUCUGCAUAUUUCCUGUGAUGGGAAAUCUCUGCCCCUUGAGUGUUAAUUUGAUUUUUGGAUAAGAUAUGUGACCUCAAUGAGAUUUAUUUUUCCAGAGAGAAUUGGGCAAUGGCAGUGAUGUCAUUUUAGUAAUAAAAAACGUCUAUUGAGUUCUUAA